AUCAGUAUCUGAACACCAGGCAUAGACAUAAAUUCAUGUCAUUUUAGCGUAUCAUAUGUGUAUCUUAGAGGACUUGUGAAGGAGUUAUCAGUUACACAUGGUAUAUGGACGCUAUCCUGUGUUGCCUAUGCUUCUGCAGCACAGUAGACACGUGAGCCUGCAGCCCAAAAGCUGGGAAGUCACCAGAAGAAAAACACAAUUCCUGAAUAGAAUUUUUGGUAUGCAGAAUCUGUUCAUGAAGUGGAAACCUUGACUAUGAAACUGCUGUUGAGAGAGAAGAAAAAAAGAACUAUAUUUUACAUGGAUGUUUUACAGGCUGCCACACUUAGUACUACUUCCUGCUGCUGCCCUUGGAGCACGAGUCUUCCACGUGUUUCAUCUGGCCUGAGUGGGAAUGUAGGGCCACAUUUGCCCAAGCAAAGAUCCUUGAGAGUAAACUGAUUUCUUCUGAAGAUGAGUCUGCACAGAUUUAAUGUUGCUGCCUCUGUGGGCUUCAGCUCCUGAUCAGUUUAGGCUUCUCCCAUCUUCUCACCUUUCUUUCUUACUCUUCUUUUGAUAAGUCAUCCAAAUUGGGCCAGUUAUAUAUCUUGAAGGGCUGAACAAAUGAAGGAUGGGUUGUAACACGAAUCAGAAGAACUGAAGGACGGCACAUUCCCUUCUGGGAUGGUCCCUCCCUUUGUGGGUCAGUAGGACAGCUGUGGCUAUGAGGGGCUACCUGAGGCAUGCCCUGACUUUUUGGUGUUACCACUGAAGUCUCCCCCCCUUCAUUUCAUACUGCUAUUGUAAGCUGUAAAAUGAUCAUAUUUAGGGGAAAAAAAAAAAGUAUAUGAUGAAGCAUUUAGUCUAAGAAUAAUCAGAAUAGUUUAAUUACAAGAGCGAUUUAGUUCUCAUGUUAUGUCCCCCACCAAAUGUGUGUAUGUGUGUGUGUUUGUGUGUGUGUAUAUAUAUGUGUAUAUAUAUAUAUGGACACUGCAUCUCUGAGUAAAUUGAGAGUAGCUUUUUGAGAAAAAUAAUGUCAAGAAAAUAAAUACACCCGGGCAGAAGCUUUCCUUUUCCCUUUCCUCCUACAUUCCCCCCCCCUUUUCCCCCUGCUUCUCUUUUAUUCUUUCUGUUUUUCUUGAUCCCUGUUUGUAAGACCUGUAGCUUCAAGUUUACUGCAGCUUUCACUAGGGCAAGUACUCAGCCUGUGAAGUCUUGAGGCUGACGGCGGACAAAUCAGAGUAGGAAAACUGGAGAUUAUCAGUCUGGAAGGAGGGCAGAGGGCCGCUGUGUAAAACAUAUUAUGCUCCGUCUGCAUUUAGGAGCCACAUAAACAGUGCAGGAUGUUUAAUUCUUUUUGCAUGCCUGAGGAAUCAAAAUGAAACAGGCACCGUUUCCUAAGCAGAGGUGACUCCGCAGAGCUUAAACUAAUGCUAUUAAGAUCCAAAUUAGAAAAGGUUGUUGCAGUCAGCAACAUUAUUGCACGGCCUCCUCUGUCAUGCAGCUAAGGCUACUAAGCCCAAAGUUAGCGGAUUUUGUUACACUGCAGAAACCUCACCAGUUUUUAGGGAAUGAAAGUACAAGCUAGGGAAGAGUGACCAGGAGCAUAAACUUAACACAGUUUUAGUCAUUUUAAAUGUGUGUGUCAGAUAUGGUUAUAGUAUGUCCGGUCAUCAAAGUGGACUAAUGUGGAGUGAUGUAUGGUUGUGAUACUUCAAAGGAGAAUAGUAAUUUUUUUUCUGAGGGAGAAAAAAUUCCAAUCUAGUGGGCAAUGCAACGUGUUUACUCUCCUGCCAGUUCUCAAGACUAAUAGCUUUGAAGACAGCAAGGGCUUAUAAGAAAGAAAUGCCUGGCUCUUCUGGAGGUUCCCCUCAGUGGAGGAGCUCAGAGAGUCUGUCCCAGAGAAUUUUGCUUCGGAGUCCUAUAUGCCUGAUGCCAGAAGCAUCUGCCUGUUGCUGUGGGGCCUUCAGAAAAGAGAAGUAGGAGAGCCGUGGCUGUGGUGGCUGGCCCUCUCCUCCCUUCAGAUUGUGGUGUAGGGGUUGCUUGCACCUCUUCCACCCUGGGGCCAGGCUUAUCUUACUGGGGACUGAGGGCUUGAAGGAACAUUUUUCUGUACCCUGAAGUCCUUUGUGUGAUAGUGCCAGGGACAUGCAACACUGGAAAUCUACAUCAGUCAUAGUGAGACCUGCCUGGGUGUGCGAGCCCAAAGCGAAGAGGGAAAAGUGAAGUGGCUUAGUGUGCACCUCCAACUUCUGCUGCAAUUCAUUUUGGUAAGCACUGCUCGUUGUCACAUGGCUUUGUGAAAUGGCUUCUGCUGUGCAGAAAGAAAUGGGUGAAGUGCUGCGUUUGUGAGGAAGGUGAAUGCAUUUUAUGUUCCCCCUUAGGUCUGUGCUCUUUUCUGCUGUUCUGUACUGGCUAUAACAACCAAAACAAAGGUACAUAAAAUAAAUACCAGUGGUGGAGUUUUAUUGCCCAGUGCCAAAAAUUGUUUAUGUUUCUUUUAUUUCUUUAGCAAGCCUAGUGGUCUAUUAAUGACUUCACUCCUCCUCCUGUGGAGGAGCUGUCUUCAUUGGCAUUAAGUGCAAGAUCCAAUUUAGAAUGACGUAAUGCAUUACCAUGCUCCGACUUGCAUCAGUGGGAAGGAUUUUCCACUUUACAAGAUAUGCCUUGCCAGAAGCUUCUUGGAGGUGCAUUUACUUAAUGAAAUUGAUUUAGUGUCUGGCCCAUAUUGCCUGCUAAUAAAGCCUUUCAGUCAAAAUGACAAUAAUAAAUUAUCUUAUGUCUUUCUUUUAUGAUAAAGGAUGCUGUUUUAUUUGCUUUAUGCCGUCUUUCUCUAAGCAUAUGAGGAAAAGGAAUAAAUUCUGUCCAGUGACCAUAUUAAAAAAGAACGAGUCGGAAGAGUGUGGUCACUUGUGUCGCUUUUGAGCUUGAGAGUAGAAUCAACUGAUAAGGCAUCUUUGUGCUCAGAAAAUCUACAGGGGGAAAAAGGUGGAGACUGUAAUAUCAAGUAAUUAAUCUUAUUAGGAAUCAAACAAAAAUAUUUUCUAAAUUAAAUCCCAUACAUUUUUGAAAGGCAGGAAAGAUUACAUUGUGCUGAACUUUACUGACCGACAAUAGACUUUGACCCCAUUUGCUUUGCAUUUACUUGCACCACAAGUACAAGCAGGGGAUCUGGCUAUUCUCAGAGAUAGCAAAACAAAUUCUUCCACCUCUACUGAAUGACACCUGCUGCUUCAUAGAAUAUUUUAUUCUCCAGGUCAUAUUUUUAACUCAAAGCAGUGAAGAAUCUUCCUAUGUAGCAGCAAGGAGAACGACUUUUAUCAUUUGAAGUGCAGAAUUUUGUCCAUGAAAGUGAAGUGCCUAACUUUCAUUAUCUUCAUUAUGGAAUACAGCUGUCCAUUGUGAAAAAAAAAAUGUUAUUACUUUAAAUGUAUAAUCUUGGCAUUGGAAACAUAUAGUAUCGAUUUUAAAAAGUUUCAUAUAAAUAUCAUUUGCAACCACAAAGGAAUUAGCUAAUGAAUACUAAUUUUAAAUUUCGUAACAUUAUUUGUGAAUAUCUCUACAGUAGCUGGGAGGAGAUAAUGCAAUUUAGUCUUAAAAAUACCAUGAAAAUCUAGAAAGCUGCUGUGCUGCACACAAGUCAUUGAAACACACCAGAACUGUGUGGAGAAAGUAAAUAGACAAUGGCAGGGUCAAUUGAAUGCCACUGAGAGAUUUUACUUUUGUUUUUAUCUAUGUCAUCUUUCUGAGAGGGAGCAUGGAUGCAAGCAGGAACAGCUUCUUUUUGGUUUAGUGGGCAUGGUGGGGAUGGGCUGAUGGCUAGAUUAGAUGAUCUUAGAAGUCUUUUCCAACCUUCAUGAUUCUAUGAUCCUUGCAGACCGCUUGUUGCUUCUGCCUCAUGCCAUGCUGUUCCUGAUGUGCAAGUACUGGCAUCUGACAUUGCAUUUCUAGGCAUCUCAUUUAAUUCCUUUUUUCCUCUAACACCUCUCUCCUUUCUUCACCACCUGCUUCUUUCUGUUGCACCUAUGAAGCCUGUUCACCAGGGAAAAGCUUCUGCUCUCCAGGCACCAAGGUUGUCUUCAGCUCCUUGUGUCCAGAACUUGCCCACGCUCGUUUCUUCAACUCCCGAUGUAUUUCUGGAGACGUUCCUCAUGAAGUGAGGCACCUGGAACUCUCCCCUGGAUAACAAUACUGGACACUGUGGCUAUCCUGAACUCCAGAAGUAUGAGAAACAUUUUCUUAAAGCAUCUAAGAAUGAGUUGUACCUGGCGUACGAAAGCUAUUAUGAAGCAUGCAACCGUACUGGAGGCUUACAUUCCAGUAGCAGAAGACACUGUUUUUAUCAUAUCAUAGAAUCAUAGAAUGGCCUGGGCUGAAAAGGAGCACAGUGAUCAUCUAACUCCAACCCCCCCUGCUAUGUGCAGGGUUGCCAACCACCGGACCAGGUUGCCCAGAGCCACAUCCAGCCUGGCCUUGAAUGCCUCCAGGGAUGGGGCAUCCACAACCUCCUCAGGCAACCUGUUCAGUGCGUCACCACCCUCUGUGUGGAAAAACUUCUUCCUAAAAGCAUUCCCAAAGUCAGUCUGUGGAAGCACUCUUUUACUAAUUCCUGGUCAGAUAACAGUUAUGCACGUCCCCCCCCCCAAUAUGUUUGCCUUUUUCUCACACUAGAGCCGCAGAUUUCCUGAGGAAUGGAGUCUGGGGCUCCUGGAGGGAAGCGAUGCUGUCUGUACGGUUCCAGGAAGCAAUAAGCACCUACAUGAAAAUAACUCAAGUCCCCAUCCUUAAUCCCUGCCUAUCCUUUUUUAUCUGAUGGACUCAGCGAGGGCGGGAAGAUCACAGCGUGGCUGAAAACGAAAGGGAGUUAACAAGAUGUGACCAGUCAAUGGCUAAAACAAUAGGCAAGACCCUGCACGUUGCCUGCUGCCCAGGUGUCCUUCCCAUGCACAGGUAGCCAUGUGGAUCGCCGUGAGUUUGCUCUGCUGCUUGGUGCUCGGGGGGCUGCCGCCAGCAGGCACCUCGUGCCCCUCGCAGUGCAGCUGUGCCUUCCACAGCCUCAACGAAGGGACGAAAGCCAGGACAGUGCUGUGCAAUGACCCGGAGAUGACCCUCACUCCAGUGAACAUCCCUGUAGAUACGUUCAAGCUUCGAAUAGAGAAGACAGCCAUCCGCAGGGUGCCGGGGGAAGCUUUCCACGCUCUUCACAACCUGGAGUACCUCUGGUUGCCCUAUAACUCCCUGGCCAGCCUCAGCGGGAUCACCUUCAAGGGCCUCCGUCGCUUGCUGGAGCUGAGGCUAGAUGGAAAUGACUUAAUAUCAUUUCCCUGGGAAACCUUGUCUGACAUGCCACAGCUGAGGCUUCUGGAUUUACACAACAAUGAACUUACCUCAAUACCUCCAGAUGCUGCUCGUUACAUCAAGAAUAUCACGUACCUGGACCUGUCUAGCAACAAACUGAUGACUCUUCCUCAGGCUCUUAUUUCUACCUGGGCCAACCUGCAGGCGGUCCCUUACUUUCCCAACGAUAACUCCAAGAUCAUCUUAGGUUUGCAAGACAAUCCUUGGGCAUGUGACUGCAGUCUGUAUGAAAUGGUCCAUUUCCUGAAUUUCCAGUCUCCCAACAUAGCGUUCAUUGAGCCUAGGCUGAAAUGCUUCACCCCUCGUAGCCUUGCAGGAGUCUUCUUCAGCCAAGUUGAGCUAAGGAAGUGUCAAAGCCCUGUUGUACAUACGUCUGUAGCCAAAGUAAAGACCAUCCUGGGCAGCACUGUGCUACUGCGAUGUGGGACAACGGGGGUGCCCAUUCCUGAGCUCAGCUGGAGAAGGGCUGACGGUGCUCCACUAAAUGGCACAGUGCACCAAGAGAUCUCUAGUGAUGGGAUGAGCUGGUCUAUCCUGGGCCUGCCUGUAGUCUCUUACCUUGACUCUGGAGAGUACAUUUGUAAAGCAAAGAAUUUCCUGGGGGCAACAGAAGCAUUCAUAUCCCUCAUCAUCAUGGACUCGGAAAGCACGGAUGACCCCAACCCCAAUGCCAAAGGCACGUGGAGCGGGAAGGCAAGUGGGAUGGAGGCAGCUGCCUACAAUGACAAGCUAGUGGCAAGGUACGUUAUCACCACCUCCACCAUGCCUACCCUAGGGGCUGGAGCAGGCACCGGAGAGGAUGUCCUCAUCCCAGCUGGAGCACAAGAUAGCAACCCCCAAAACCUACUGGUGAGCCCACCUACUGGUCAGCAGGAGCCAGAGCGAAUUGUGAGAUCUGUCAGGGUGAUAGGAGACACUGACCAGAGUGUCACCCUGGCCUGGAAGGCGCCUCUGGCGAAGAACACAACAGUGUUCAGUGUCCUCUACGCUGUCUUUGGAGAGAGAGACAUGCGUCGGAUCAAUGUGGAACCAGGGAAGACCAAGGUCAGCAUUUAUGGGCUGCUACCAAAGACCAAAUACAUAGUGUGCGUCUGUGUGAAAGGGCUGAUACCCAGGAAGGAGCAGUGCAUCAUAUUUUCCACAGAUGAAGUUGCUAGUGCAGGAGGGACCCAGAAACUCAUCAACGUGGUUGUCAUCAGUGUGGCUUGUGUCAUUGCUGUUCCUCUGACACUGGUGGUCUGCUGUGGAGCACUGAAGAGACGCUGCAAAAAGUGCUUUGUGAGGAAACCCAAGGAAAUUCAGGAGUCCUAUGUCACCUUUGAAAGUCUUUCUCCUGGGGCCAAGGUGAAAGGAGUGGAAGGAGAAUACUUGACUAGACAUACCCCCGAUGAGUCUAACAGGCUCCUCUCUGCCCGAUCCAGUGUGGACUCAGAAGCAAUACCAAAGAUAGAGGGGCAGCCUAAUGAAUACUUUUGCUGAUAGUUACUAGGCUGGUUAUUGGCUUGCUAGAUGGAAAGUAUGUGGCCGUAUAUAUGACUGUGCUCCAACACUGCAUGCCAUUGUGUCAAUGUAUGUGUCUCAGACAUAUUCUGGAGGAGGAUGCAAGAAAACGGAAGAUGCCCAGACUUUAUAGGAAUAUGUUGUUUGACCAGCUGGGGUUUGAUGUUUUGUACUCAAUCAAAGGCUUCUGUGCUAACGGUCUCAUUUUCUUGGACCAUUCUUAUUUUCAUAAAAUGAUGCAUGCACACUGAGUGUGAGGACAUUAAGCAACACUUUUGAGCAUGCUCUGCUCAGUGCUGUUUAGUACCUGCUCUGCAAUAUGCUAAGUAUCUUAUUUGCAGCUCUUUUAUGGUUCUUUGGUUUACAAAUUGGGGAGUACUUGAUAAUUUUAAUACAGAUAUCUGUGAAUGUGAUGACAGAGUCUUACCUUUUAUGCACCGCAUAUUUGCAUGAAACAGGAGAAUUCGUGCUUAAUAGAUAGCUAAAUAAACUGUUUGUUGUACAUCUAACAACAGCUUUAUAUUCUCAGUUCAAAGAAAUGUGCAAAGAGAUAUGGCUCGAGACAAGAAGCAAUCGACUCCUAAGAACACAUAAGAGAGUAAGUUUGAGAAUGGCAUUUUGACCCUAACCACUGUUCUUCUUAUCACACAAUCAAACAACAGUACCACACAGACCUUUUCAGUAUCAGACCUAGCUGUCAUUUUCUAGCAGUGUUGUAAUUAGUACAGUAUGCUUUAUAUCAGCUAUGCUGCUUAAAAGUCAUACACUAACCUAUUCUGCAAAUUAUGUGUGGCAUUGUAAUGUUUUCUAACCAUACUGCAAAACCUACGUUAGAUAGUUCUGCAAAAAUCUCCCAGAGCAGCCCUGUCAUUGCUGCUGGCUGUACUGGUAAAACUGGUAGUGAAGAUCAGAGGGCUUAGCUGGGCACUUGUGGUUCGGCCACGAAAGUCCCUUGCUCUGUGUAGAGCAGAGGUGUGUACUUCUGACUAGACGCACUUCUGCAAUACUUCUGCUGUGGAAGCACUGGUGGCAAAGGCUCCGUGCUGGUAUUUGGGUUUCAAACAUUUUUCAAGUUUGAGAACUCUGGAAAAAAAAGAAGAAAAAAGGCCAAUAUUUGUCUAAAUGUGUUUUUCUAACCGUGGUUUGCUAAUCAGUUAUUUGUUACUGAAGUCCUGCAAUGCUGCGGGAAUUCGGAUCUGAAUACUUAUCACAAAGCAAUUCCUAGCCAUGUAAUUUUCCACUCCUGUCCCUUAGGUUGUAAUACUGUAUAUAAUGGCUUUCUGCAUGUAAAAAAUAUUCUUAAUAAAGAAAAUGCUGCAGGAUCUGCCAAAUGUUGAAUGGGAGGCAUCCAGCCAAGCUAAAAUGAUAAUUGAUGAACUCUCAGUCUUUUGAAAUUGAUUUGAAACAUAUGUUUGUAAAUGUCUUGGGAAGAUCUCCACUCACAUUCUGGAUGUGUACGUACAGUGUGGAUUUACAGAAUUCAGUACUUGGAAUGACACUCCGUUUUCGGCAAGUCCUCCUUGUGCUAAAGGAUUUCUGUGAUGUCAGACUACUUGACCUGAUGUAAAAAAGACCAAAUCGUUUGACCUCAGCAUAAAUGCUAGCAACAGAGAGUAUGCUACAAUGGUUUCUGAUAGGACUCUCUGUCCUCCUUACAUUCAUAAAAAGGAACUUCUCUUGUAUCGGGAGAGCUUUUCAAUCCCUCUAUAUAGCAAUUCAAAAUGUAUUUUAACACUACAGAUUAAUUGAUGAAAUAGGUAGUAUCUAACAGAUUUAUUAUUUAUUUACACAUUUGUAUUUCCCAGGGUUGAUUUCAAGUCUCCUUCGUCAAGGUGGAAUAAAAACAUUCCAGUAGCAGUUUUUGGUAUGGGUUGAAAGGAUUGUUGUUUUCUUCAAUCCAGUUCCUGCCCUCAUCUGUAGUGGUGUUGCUUUGGGUUGUACAGAAAUCAGCAAGGAGCCCAGCCUAGCACAGGUGGCUAAUUUUUAGUACUGAAAAAUCAAGGCUGUCCUGAAGCUCUCCUGUGGUGAAUGGAGUGGCCCUGCUGCCCCAGGACUUUUCCACAGGUGAGGUUUGCAGCCAUCUGGGAGUGAGAUCUAUUUACCCUCCAGCUGUCUGGAGGCAGGAGCAGGGUAAUUUGCCACACCUAGUCCUGGUAAAGAACAGCACUUGCCCAUUCCAACGCAGGUUCUGCAAUCACAGUGAGAAAGGCACUGGCUGAGUCAGUCCCAUCGCUCCAUACCUGUGGGGAGAGGAAAGACUUUUCAUCCCAUGGCCUUCCUUGUGGAUGUGUUAAGCUUUAGACUCUACUAGUAGAGUUUUUUGCACUUUGAAUAAAUAGCAAUCCCGAGUAGAAUAAACGUGAUUUUCCAUUUCUAUUUCCUAUGGUGAUUCUCACUGUCCUGUAGGUGAGGCAAAAUGCUUUAGCAGCUCAGCUGCUGCUCCAAAACCAGAAUAUCUGUAUCAGACUGGUGAUUCACAGAAGGUAGGCAAUAGAUUGAAACAUGUGUAAGCUCUGUGUUCUGUGGUGUCAUACUUUGCUAAACUGUAUGUGAAAUUUCAAACUGUUACAGGUAAACUGAUUUUCUGCUGAAUGGAUGGCAGAUGAAUUUCAAAACUUUGGAUGAGAUCUGCAGUUGUGUGAGGCAAGUGAAAAUGCAAUAAAAACCUCGUUGGAUGUUUCUGUUUCUUUAACCUACGGGUGUUAGGGACCUCCUUUCAGCAUGGUCAGUGCAGGCAAGUGAUGCUCUCUGGUCACAGCACGCAGAACAGAGCUGGCUCAGAGCUUUCCCCUGGGAACAGUUUCUUACUUGGUUAAGGUCAGUCCUUGGACAGAUGUGCUGUGAAGACUGUUUCCAUGCUCCCCCUGCCCCCCACUUUAAUUGAUUGGUUUUCUUUCUCCUUAGAAGAUGUUUCCUUUGUUAAUAAUCUUUGUGUCUUUUUGACUAGUUUGUUGCCUUUUGGGGUUUAUUUCUAGAACAUCUUUGAGUGCGGUAUUUCCCUACUGUUACUAUUAAACCAUUUCACAUUUUUUUUCUCUGAUUAGCUUCGGACCACUUGAUUACUACUUAGGAAAGCAGUUAAUGUCAUCUGCAUUAGACUGGAGGUAGUGCUGGCUGCCUUUGCAGAGCAGUAUGAGGCCCUCCUUGAGGGGCACUCCAUGGGUUAUGUAGCCAAGACAAGCUCUUCCUUCUACAGGAUCUUCCAGUACUUACUCUGGAAAUCCAAUUGGUGCAAAAGUGAAAUAUAAAGGAUAGGGUGUCUAAAAGAAAGCAAUAGUGGUUUAAAAAUGGAUCCAAAUAGCUCUGAAUUGUACUGAAAAACUGUUUUUAAUUGAAAGAAUCCUGAGAAGAGCAGCUAUCAAAAUGAAAGAAUUGAGCAGAAUAUGAAGGAAAUAAUACGACAAAAGUGAUUUAAAAGGAGUACUGCAAGUAGUUGAAGUACAUUAGAAGAAAGGUAAAAAAAAAGUAGGUUAAGGAUUUGAAAAAUGGUUUUGCAAACAUGUUCAGAAGUGCCCAGGUUGCCUGAUGAGCAGAUCCAGGCAAAGAAUAGUAUGUGCUCUGAACUAUGAAGUCUCUGCAAAUAUUUUCAAUGAAAUAUAUAUAUAAAAUCUCCACAGGUGUAGAAUAAUGUACUGGCUCAUAACCACCUCAUUUCCAUAAAGUGAUCUGAAUGUACUGGGGGGCUGGUGGCUGCAUUGCCUGCCCUCUGUGGGACCUGCUGAGGUCAAUGCUGUGCCAGGAAUCCCAGAGGGAUUCUGCCGGGGUGUUGGAUUACUGAGAAAAUGGGAAAAGUUUUGCAGGUUUGUAUAGCUGCUGUUGAAGGUUCAUGAAGGAAUUUACCUCUUCCUUUUCACAUCACUGUCCUCUUUUCAAAAGCUGCUUUUUCCGUCCUGUGCCAUUUGGCGUUAGAUGCACUGUGUCUGAAAUACCCAACUGCAGCCUUCACCUCAUCUGCCCUCCCUGGCAGGGAUUUCUAGCUGUGAUAACCCUGGCAAAGGGACUCUAAUUGUAAAGCAUUGGCCUUAACUUGAUUUCUUACAGAUGCAUGUGUCCAUCACUUCAAGACAAGAGUUUGGAUCCCUUGCUCUUGCUGGAGGCAUGCAAGGGGCUUCCCUUCAGCAUUUGCUUUGGCAGUGAGCGUGAACGCCUAAACUCUACUUCCCAUGGAUUAGCAUACAAUAUCUCUAUAGAAAUUUAUUUUGACAGCUUGGGUUUUAGACAGCUUGUUCUGCAUUUUGGCUUCAAUCGUGAUGCCACAUGACGGUAAAGAGCAGCUGAACUGAGUGGACAUCUGCUGCCACAAAAGUGAGCAUUAAAUUUACAGGCAGACAUAAACUCGGCUGAAUUGAAGAGGUAAUAAAAUCCUACUCCAGUAGGGAGCAUAAACAUAAAGGCUGUGGAUAACAUAUUUGGAGGAUGUAUACUCUUUCCUCCCCUCCCAAUCUCUGCCCUAUAGUGUGGGUACUGUCUACCCAUCGAUUCUUCUUUUUUUGAAAUAUAAUUCCUCAGUAGUUCCUCAGGUUAAUGCUGAACCUUCUGAGUACACUUGGGAAUUUUGGGAAUUAUUUGGGAAUAUUUAAAUGGUCUCUCAAGUAGCAAAUACACAUCAGCUUUAAAACAGCCAACGUAUUAGCCCAUGGUACUGAAAGGCAGCUCUGCUUGAAAGGCCAUUUUUCAGCCCUGUAGGAGAUAGGUGGGACUGCGAGAAGUGGAACCAAGAAAACAACCACAACUUCUCAUCGAUGAUCCCCAACCCAGCUGUAUUAGAGGUUGCACUUUGGUGGCUCAUGAAAUGAGCAUUUCCUAGAGCAUUUUUCUCAAUGAGUGCUGUCAGGACAUUGCUUUGUUUUGGUUUUUUUUUGCCUCAUCUGAAAAUGUUUCCCUAGUGGCUUCUGCAGCACACAUAGGCCUGUUCUUGAUGCCCAACUCUUUUUUUUGGUAUGUGUGUUACUACUAUUAUAACCAGGUAAUAUUGUCAGCAGCUACAAUAAAUUGUAAAAUUACAAAAUUAUUACUAUACAAUUAUAAUAACAUUGUUCCCUUAGGAAUUAUUUCCAUGGCAGACUACAGAACAGAACUGCGAGCACAGGUGCCUGUGGUGUUUGUUUUCCGAGAUGCCCAUGCGUACAACAAGUAGGCCCAUGGAGUCUUGAAGCUUCUGUUCCCAUGGCUGAGACCACCGUGUGACAUAACUUCUCAUCGCUGCUACCUGUGUCACUCCUUCAGCCCUCCUGGUUCAGCCAGCAAGCCCCACUGACUGGUGACCACUUUGCCACUUAAGCCGUACUAAUAGGGGAUAAGGAGCGCCUAUGUUGGCUUACAGGGUCUGUGCUGGUUCCACACUGUAAGAACCCCUCAGUGAUGUCCCUGCAGCCACCACAGUCAGGUGGGGGCUAGUAGCUGCUGUCCCUGCUGCGCUACAGACCAGCAACCUUUCUCUUUCAUGUCAUGGCUCGUUAAUGACAUAUUAGAAUGCAGGGCACUUGUUGAAAUAUCAUCAAGUACAACAUCAUGGUAAGUAAUGAGCAAUUUUGCUAAAAAUAGCAUGCCCGUAUGGCUGUGGUUAGCUGCUAGGUAUAGAUAGAAAUGGCAGCCCUAUGGGCCCACUAAUUGCAGCCUGCCCCUUGUGAGCUGGA